AUGAUCGCUUCAAAACAAGGUGUAGGCGAGCCUGAAAUGUUCAAUGCUACCGAAAGUGUCAUCAGGGUAGAACAAUCUGGAGCAUUAAGUAUUUUAAAAGCAGGACUGAAAGAUGAAGGAUUUUACGAGAUUGCUAUCGCUUAUAAUAAGGGAAUUACACUCAAGGACGAAGUGGAAAUUAAGAUACAAGGUAACAUUUUAAAUAUAUGAAGCCGGUAUAUCUCCAAAGCCAAGUGUUGGUGUAGUAGUGAAUAGUGAAUGUACUGCAACGUCUUCUUACACUGAAUAUAAGUUGAACUUUUCUGUGGCGAACACGUGAAAAAUUGCACGGCUGUGACCUUAUGCUGACAGCAUACUGUACAAAUUUACCAAUUAGGGUUUUUUCACUGUACAAUAAUUGAUCACAUUUUUAAAAUACAGAUAGCAUAGCUUCAUUCUGUCUUGUACCCAGCCGUCAAAGCAUAAACAUUAUGAGUACAUAUAUGGAUCAGUGGACUAAGGAAUUUGAUGCAUUAUGGGAACGCAUUCAGGGACUGGGUACGAGUCAAUAGUUUAUCAACUUCAUCCGAAGCUUUCACCUGUAACCUUAUCCCUCUUCAGUCAAACAUUAACUUACCACCACACAAUUGCGAGGUAAAAUUUAGAGUUAAGUAAAACUGAGACAUUGGUACUUCAGUUUCAGUCCCAGAAGGAAGCUUUUCGUAAUUUCUAAACGUUCAAUUUCAGAGGCUCCUGCAAUCACGACAUUCCCAAGUCAUACAAAAAGCGAGGUGUUCUAUGUAGGAAUGACGAUAAACCUGGUGUGUAUGGCUAAAGGUCGUCCUGUUCCUCAGGUUCAGUGGUUUAAAGAUGAGAGUGAUCAACCAUUACAAAAAUCAUCUGGAUCUAUUCUUCAUCACAUCAAAUCUGCUUCAAAGGAAGAUUCAGGAAGAUAUACAUGUCUUGCAUCAAACCAAGCAGGAAAAGUUAUCCGCUCCAUUGAAUAUAUCAUCCUCCGUAAGUAUCAUUAGUAAAACUGUUUUCCACUAAACCAAUUUUUUUUCGCGAAGCGACUUUUUCCUUGUCAGCAUCGCUUUUGCUGACGUGAUAAGCCUGGCCGACACAGGAAAAAGUUGCUUCGCGCGAACAAAUUCGUUUAGUGGAAAACCGACCUAUCGUUGCAUUGUCUUUUUACACUAGUUGCUGAUCAAUAGUUAGCAAAUCAUCUGUGGUAAUACAAAAUCUCUGUUGGUCAACCAACAUCUCUCGCACAGAUAUCGAAUAUGGAUGAUUUCAUGGAUAGAUAGUUUCACUAGCUUUUGCAGUCCUCGCUGCUGGAAUGACCCCUUCAGCCGCCCAGUAAUGUCUGAAAGCCUUAGAAUGGCAACGGAGUAAAAAUAGUAACAAAUAAUAACAAAAUAAUAACUUUACAAUCAUGAAAGCACUGGGAAAAUUAAGUACAAUUUUGUAUGAAAUUUAUUAAGGAAGAAAGUUCAAAGACUGCGUUUUUCACAACUGGUUAAAAAUAGCCUCCUCCGCAUGCAUCUCCUGGUUCACCUUGGCUCGGUUUGGAUUUUUUGCCUGCAACCAAAUUCUGCCUCCAAUUGAAAAGCAAUAUGUAUGCAAAUGAGGCUAGGUGCCAAUAUAAAUUUGGUCUCCCGCCCCCUCCCCAGCCCCCCAUUCCGUCCAAUAUUUCGCGAAAUAUUCGUUACGAUACCAUUUUUAGGGCAGCACGAUACUUGCGAUAAAAUCACUCUUGAAUUACUUUGAACAGACUUUAAACUUGGAACGCAAAAUCCUCAAUUUCAUUUGAAAGCUGCGACUUUCAUGACGAUAAAUUUUGCGGAAAAACAAAACUAUCGACCGUAAACAUGCAUCUUUAUAAAUAUUUUUAUUAUAUUCAUUAUUAUAUUUGCAUUGAUAAAGAUGUCGUGCUAAGGGAAAGUGCAUUUAUUACGCCGAGGGGCGGGGGGGGGGGAUGAAGAUGUCUCAAAAAAGCUCAUAUUUCUAUGCCCCCCUCCAAGCUUUUAAAAUUUUCAAUGCCCCCCCCCCCUCCAGAAUUCGGAAUCGAAGGAGUACAAUCCGGAAUUCUCUCUUAUGAUAGAUACAAUUUGCAGUCCCUCAAGAUGUCUGAUAUACUCAAACAUGUGCUUCUCCUCAACUAAAAUACCGACCUGCUGCUGCUUCUUUCACCUCACUAGCGGCAGAUGAAAUGGCACCGUCUUUAAAAAAAUAUUUUAGAUUGGCUCUAGGGGCGAAAUUAUCAACAUGCAGGUUGUUGUUGUCCGUCAUUCAGCGUAGUCGGAGUCUUGAACACGUUCAUGUUGUGGCCAGGAUUUCCUGGAUCAGGGUAAUGUGCUGGAACCUUAGAGAAUGUCGCCCCCACCCAACGUACCUCCUGGCAUCUGUUGCAAAUGUCUUUGCAUGCCUUUCAAAAAUGCAUGCAAAAGUGCCAGUAUGCUUCAAUUUCUUUAAUUUUCAUCCCGUUUGUACUAAAUAUCCCAUAAACAUAGAACAUAUCAUUCUUACAAAUCGUAUGCUUUUUUUGUUUUUGAAACUGCUACUUUUAUAAAGAUUUUUGUGAUUAUUUGACACUCUCAUACUAAGUUUUGGGAGAAAAGGGGAGUCUGGGGGUCCUCCCCCAGAAAAUUUGUACAUUCUUGAAGCUCUAGGACUGAAUUUCUGGCGUUUUCUAAAGCAAAUUCGCAAACAAAUUGCAUGCAAAUUGACUGUAUUUUACAAAAAUGGUUAUCACUUCACAAAAAUAAUUCAUUUAUUGCGCAAAUUUUACCUGAAAAUGUCUUGAAUUUAACUUGAAUUUUACAUGAUUUUUGCCUGAAUUUCACAGUAGGGGGCAGUCUCCAAACCAUCUAUUCUAUUAACUAUGGUGAGAGUGAACACUCCAGGUGGCGUGCUGGACCAAAACUUUGAAAAGUUUUGAGCCCCCCCUUCAGUAUAUCGAGAACUUUCAGAGCCCCCCCUUUAAUGCCAGAAAAUAUUUCGGUGCCCCCCUUAACAUCUUCAUCCCCUCGGCAUAGUAAAUGUACUUUCCCUAAGCUUAGUAUCUUUAUCAGUGCAAGUAAUAAUAAUGAAUAUAAUAAAAAAUAUAAAUAAUAAGAAAUGCAAAUAAUACUAAAUAAUAAUAAGGAUCGGAUCGAAAGCAAAAAACAAGACUAUUAUUAUAUUCAUUGUUUUUCUAAUUUUAGCAAUCAAAAUAAGUCAAUUUCAGUCAAAUCCUGGUAUAAUAAAUGCCAAGGUGUUGGUCGAUCGGCAGCAUUUCAUUGCGAUAGUAACUUCUAGUUAUAACAUGAACUAAAAUUCCUCCUGUUUUCUUCAGGACGACCAUACGACAUUGAUUUCGUUCACAAUACGGCAUUAGACGGAACGAUUUAUGAAGGAGAAAGUGUCAGGUUUAUGUGCUCUGCUAAAGGGAAUCCACCAAUCACUUACUACAAACUUCUUCACAAUGGAAAGGAAAUUGACAAGAGUUCGAGUGGAAAAUACAUUAUUACGGAAGUAAGACAUAAAAAUAACGGCACAUAUUGCUGCAUUCCAAUUAACAGAGCUGGUCUGGGAGAAAAUAGGACUGUUGUACUGAAAGUAAAAGGUUAGUUUGGGAAAAUUCUGGAUUGCUUUAUGUCAAGUUCUGUAUAUAGUACGUACAUUUGCAGCUCUUCAAUCAGUUCUUCAUAUGCAGCUCUUCAAUUAGUUCCACUUUGCGAUUGGCUAGUAUGUCCUCGUGUCUUACCCCGUCGGCCCGUCUAAUUGUUCAGUAUUUAACACAGUAGCAAUCUAAGAAGACAUUUAGAUUGGAUAACUGCAAGCAAAUUACCUGAGAAUAAAAUGCAUAACAUAUUAAAGAGGUCUCGAUUGUUUAAAUUAAAUUCACCAUAACUCCAUUUCCCCCCAUGUACUUGCAUAUGUGCAAGUGUAAUGAUGAAUUAUUUUGUUCAUGUUGAAACAGCAAGACCAAGUUACUGGGAAAAGAAGCUGAGAAGAACAACUCUUCCACCAACUGAUGAAGAAGGUAAAUUGUCUAAACCCUUUUCGUACCAGAGCUAAUAGUUCAUAAUAUCAAUGUAUAUCAUUAUUUAUUGUACUAUAAUAUCGAAACGAUAAGACAGUGAUGUUAGUGCCAUUACAUUCCAUACCGUUAACAUACCAUGCUUUACCAUACUACGAUACAUCAUUAAUGACUGCAUACCAUACUAUGCUAUACUUAUAACACAUAUACCAGCCGACAAUUAAUCUGUUCAAAAAGUAUAAGACAAAACACAGUCCGAAGAUUAACAUAUUGAAACUCAAGAUAUGAGUCGAAACAAGACGAAAAUGAGUUUGUGAUUUUUCGAUUAUAUUUCAACAGACUGAAUUAGUCAUCAGACUGAAUUAGUCUGAGUUAGUCUCAUGAUGAUUUUAAAAUCGAAAUAUCACAAACUCAAGUCUUGUUUUGACUUUUGAAUGUCAGAAAUCAGAAGCUCGCCACGGGUUCUUUCAACCAAUCAGAAUGCUCGACAGUGUAAUUUAAUGAGAUGCGAACACUCUCGGCAAGCUUGCCAGUUGAUCUUUGCGAUGAGUGAAAAAGAGCCCUGACUCAUAUCUUCAGUUUGAAAAUGAAAACAUUUUGAAAUCCAAGAGAUAGACAAAAUAAGAUAAUAUAUGAUUCCCUAAUAGGAUUGAAAUAUAACAUUUUGAUAUUUAUGUCUUGUUUUAUUCCAUAUGUUGGCUUUUCAAGAUGUUUUCAUUUUUCGUUAGCUGCUUCUGGCUUUUGAACAAAUAUCACAAAAUGUUUGUGAUAUUGUCUGAGUGUCCACACUGGGCAAGCUGAAAAGUUUGUUCGACCGCGGUGGGAAUCGAACCGAGACCUUUGGUUUGCUAGUCCAAUACUCUACCAACUGAGCUACUGUACAAAGUUAAGUCAGUUCGAGUGGGGAUAUUUUGGAACUCAGUCUAGUUCCAUCAGUGUGUUUUUACGAUCUUGAUUUUUUUAUUUCUGGUGAAGAUCAAACAUAUCUGUACCUGAGUGCAUAACACCAGAAACAAAAAAUUCAAAGAUCACUAAGUUUAUUACAAUUCAAUUUAAUACCAAAUAAAUUUUCCAUUUUCAGUCACUGUAAUGACAACACAUGUGGACACAAGUAAACAGCAAAGCACCGAAAUACUGGUAACACCAACUGAAGCUCGGCUUGGCCGUAAUACUGGAAACGUCUUAAAUCAAAAUAUUCUAUUAUCUCUGCUGUUUAUAUUAGCUGAAAUAAUUCGACAUUUUGCGUAGUUUCAAGAGAAGCUGUACUGUAUAUACAUGAAUGAACGGAAACACUUGUAUAAAAUAUGUUUUCAAAAUGAUUGAUACAAUUUAGGGUUAGUAGAGGAAACUUCGCGAAAUUUUGAAGGAGGGGGGGGGGGGAGUAAAUUUAGUUUGCAAACAUAUGACCACUUGUCUAAACUUUUUCCCCUUAAAUUUAUUGCAAUAUAUAGCUUAACCCAUUAAGUGGUAGCACUCUCCCCUUUACAAGUAAAAUCGUCUGGUGUUAGACAGAGUAAAAUACUAAAAAUGGAGCAUCAGGGCCCAUUGCCACUUAUUGCACUUAAAGGGUUAAGUUAAUACAGUAUAUAGCCUACCAAUACUUUCAUGGUUGACAAGUUCACAGCUUUGUUUAUACACAGUUAUUGACCUAUCACUCAAAGGUCUUCAUUCAAAUCUUCGAGUGAAUCCCCUCCCCAGAAAAGAUCAGCUCCGUACACUUACGGCAAUUCCCCUGUUGUGCACAGUUAUGUUUGCAUCCCGCCGACUGUAACAUUUUACUUGGCCAACAGAGGGUGGUGGGUGGGUUAUUGACAGUCCAUUGGGGAUGGUGUCUCAUGUCAUUUACACCCGAUUGUACAUUGGCCGUUUCCGAUCCUUGUUGGAAUAGGCGAAGGCAUUGGGAAUGAACUAAAGGGAAAUUUAUUAAUUUGGAUAUUAUCUCAAACUUCAACAGAAGGAAAUGAACAAUUUCAUGUUAGGUCUACUUGAAUUAGGCGGACAACUAUAGCACUGAAUUAUUUGGUUACGAUAUUUGGUGGGAAUUUAUUUUUUUAAUAUAACUGUAAUGGUCUUCAAUGUUUUACUGAAAACCGAAAGGAAAUAGAGUCACUAGUGUAAUGGUCUUCAAUCAUAUUUUACUGAAAACCGAAAGGAAAUAGAGUCAUGUACUGACCCACAAGAUCGACGUUUAAGCAUACUACUCCACUCGCAUGAUUUAUUCAAUACGAUUUGUGGAGGUCUUAGAAAGUGUUCUCUAAUUAGACUACCUACGUCAUCCUGUGUCAAAUACUACGAUUAUUGCACUGAUUUCAGAUGCGCUUUAAUGACAUGGGGGGAAACAUUGUCUGAUGACGUCAUGACUAACUGAAAAUAAUUCUAGUUACCAUUUGGCAAAACCUUACCCUGGACUCCAGAGCCUUCGACAGUAAAUAAUAAAUUGAAACGUCGCGAAGGCUCUGAUUCAACGGGAAGAUUCUUUGAUUAAACCGCGCCAAUCAUAAAACAGAAUUAGUGUACUAAAACUACUAAUUCUGUUUUGUGAUUGGCGCGGUUUAAUCAAAGAAUCUUCCCGUUGAACAAGAGCUUUCGCGACGUAUCAAUUAUUUACUGUCGAAGGCUCUGGAUUCCAGGGUAGCAAAACCUGAAAUCAGCCCGAAAAAUCGCAAUGUGUAAACAUAGCUUGACCAAAAGGGUUAAUUAACCUAAAUAGAAGUAAAAUUUACUAUAUGUUUUAGUUUUUAUUCAUUAUGUAUGUAUGUCAUUCAUCAUGUAAAUAAGGGAAAGGACCCAUCAUUUGAUAUUUAUCGUUCUGUUAAGGCUAUACAGUAUACAACAAAUACAAGCAUGUAAGAUUCUAUUUAGCGGCACACUAUAUUAAUUACAUAAUUUAAAUAAAUUAUAUUUCAAAAUUAAACAUAGAGUGUGAGUAUGAUGAACACACAGGGCCGCCGAGAGGUUGCGUGGGGUCUGGGGCAAACAUUUCUCAGGAGCACUAUGACGUCAUAAUUGUAAGACGGGAGGAGGCGGUGUUUUUAUCAUUUAUAGACCCGGAGCGAGGGGGAUUCGGCGUAAUCCCCCGAGCGGAGGGUCUAUAAAUGAUAUAUUAUACCGAAAGUUAAAGAAUUCCCUAAGUUCAGAAUAAAGUUUAAUUUAAACUUGCUGAAUAUUAACUACGCGAAUACAAUUUUUAAUUUCUUAUGUAUACCCGAGUUUUUGACGUUUUCUCUUUAAAAUAUUUGAGCAUGUAUCCUUUGGAUCAUUAAAGGUAACAUACGUCUUGAAAAUCUUUGGUUAAAUCAAAUCUUCUACGAAAUUACAAACAACAGCUCGCGAACGCCAUAUUGUUUCAGAGCGUGGUCCCACGUCCACGCGUCGCGCGUGAGAUAAUAAUAUCCCACGGUGGAUCUGCCGUGGGAGAGCCUGCGAACAUGCUCUCAAGCUGAAUUGAGAGCCUGCAUCGAUGACUAAUGAAUUUGAAUAUCUGCCCCGUAACGUUCGUUUUUCCAAAUAUGGAAUGUCUAUCCUUAUAUGGUGUUGUUUACAACUUUCGUGCAAACUAAAUUUAGACCGUGCAAACUAAAUUUAGACUGUACAGUUUAUACUGUUUUUCGAAAUAUAAGAUAUUCAAGCAAAAGUUCAAAUGUUUUAAAUACUGUUUUCUCAAAACAGAACAUUUCGUGCUUUGAGAUAAGAUGGCCAAGACCAAUUUGAUCAGUUAAUGUGUUUUUUAUGCAUAGUGCUUCAGCAGUUGACAUAUAUAGAGCUCAGCGGAAACAUAUAAAUUAUAGCAUCUGACCAAUGAGAAUUUCGCGUCACGAUUUGAGACGCAGAUAUUCAAAUUCAUUAGUCAUCGAUGCAGGCUCUCAAUUCAGCUUGAGAGCCUGUUCGCAGGCUAGCCGUGGGAUAUUAUAGUAUCCCACGCUGGAUUGCGAAAUCAUGAAUUUGAGUGAAAUACCGUAAAAAAUCACAUUGUCACGUGGUACAAAUGAUGUUUUUUCAUUGGACAAUUUGAAUUUGAGGUAUAAUAUUACAAUUUAAAACAACGGUUUAAAAUACUGUAUAAAUAUAUACUGUAUUUUUAUAUUUUAUUAAAAUACUCAGUGGUUGCCGCAAUUUUUUUUUAUAUUACAAUUUAUUUCACUUCAUUGCAUAUUAUCCGGAACCAACGCAGCCAGGAUCUAUAUUGUCAGUUUAAGCAAUCUUCGAAUCUAUCCGAUAAAUCUCAUGGGUCUCCGUUGCUUUUGGGGUCCCUUUUGAGCCCCAACCCGGGGCAAAGUGUCCCCCGCCAAUGUCCUCUCUUUCGGCCGGCCUGAUAAAGGAUGCACAAUUGUAGCCUGCGCGAUUUAUUUGCGGUUGUAUACAAUAAACGAUAAACCGUUGUAUACAAGGUCAAGGCGUGAUAAUCUGUAUUUUUCGUUUGUAAACAGAGCGACGUCUACAACUCCCGUGGAAUUUAAAUUGUUCAUUUCAUUUCAGUCUGCAAUUUCUGUUGUGAAUUUUAUUGUACGAAUACGGUAUUAUCAGCAGUGUAAAAUUUAGGUGUAAAAUUAGUGUAAAAUUUAAGGCUGUUCAGGCUUGUCACGUCCCCGUCUUGCUUACGUUCGCUAGUUCUAAAUAAUUCAUCAUUUUCUGCUACUCAGGCUAAAUUGUUUGCGCCUCACAUGACGGACUCUUCAUGAUUAGACAAAAAACAGGAAACUGCAAUGCGCAGCUACAAUAUCGCAAUAUGCAAGACAGACUCACAGAAAAAUAAUAAACUUUCUUUCUUUUAUAUUUCAUUUUCAUUAACCUAUUUCACUUCCAUUAAUUACCUUCAAUUUCAUUAAUUUAACAUUGACAAAAUUAAGCCAAUGAAUAUUUCACUGUUUCUAACAUAUUUAGAUGGCAAUAGCAAUGAUUAUUUUCUAUCAACAACUCGACGAAAACUGCCCGCAAAUUUGCGACAAGAGUCGAUAAACAAUGAGUUUGACUUCCCGUUCAUACAUCAAACUGCAGAGCGUCUGUAAGAAUAGUUAAGUUAGAAUUCUUUUGUGAAUAAUAAAAAGAAUGCUAUGGAUGGACAGAUCAAAUCUGAGCCUUUCCGAGUUACAUGAAUUCCCGGUAAGACGGUAUUCAUAUAUCAUUAUUCAUGAUCAAUAAUUAUGUACUAUUUGCAACAUGAGCGGCCGUGUUGUAUCGGAUAUACAAACUCGAGCCGAAGGCGAGAGUUUGUAUAUCUGAUACAACACGCCGCGAAUGUUGUAAAUGGCUUAAAAAACGACUCAUCUUAUGAGUUCAUUGGCGAAGUAAUUUUAAAAAUAAACGUUGUCUAAGCCGAGAAAAUCAAAGUUAAAGUUUAUGUAAAUCAACAUGAAUCUGUAUCACAUAUAGAUAUACAGACUCCUUCACGCCCCGCGUGAUUCGUUUGUAUUUUCUUGAUGAAUUAUUAAUGAGUUUUUUAAUACGGUAUAUUGCGUCGAUAUAGAUAUACAGGGUGUAUAAAAAAAAACGCAACCUCGGAAUUUCCCAAGAAAUUGACAUGGUUUUAAAGACAAAAGAUUUUAGGCGCCUGGGAAUUUAAAAUGUCAAAAUUAUUGCACACGCGAGUGCAUAAAGCAAAUAUUUAAUCACAACAACAGUAAUAAGAUAUAUUAGCAAUUGAUUUCAAUUCCCAGGGGCUUAAAAUCUUUUAUGCUUAAGAAUUGCAAAGUGUUUCUUAGGAAAUUCCGAGGUUGCGUUUUUUUUAUACACCCUGUAGAUAGUUGAAUUAUUUCGCUGUAAAAAACAGCAACAGAAAGGCAAUUGCUGGUUUAAUUAUUUUCACUAUGUUAUAUUGAAUUAGCUUUCGCCUUUCAAGUGUAACAUGAUAUUUGCCCGGCAAAAUUCGGAGAAAAUGAACGUAUUGCAUUGUCUGUUUCCAGGAAAGAAGAAUACCAAGAAAUGCAGACAAUGUUUAAAAGGCAUACGAGUUUCAGUUUAAUUUGUAUCAGUGGAAGUGUAGUUCAUAAAGGUUCAGAAACUCAUUCGACUUCGAUGAUCCUGAUGCAUUUUCAAAUUAUUUACGAUUUAAUUGUCAUCGUUAGUUGCACAAACCCUGUUGCUCUUUCGUUGCGACGAUUUAAAGACGGUUAGUAUUUACUUGUUUUAUGUUUCUUAGGAAAUUCCGAGGUUGCGUUUUUUUUAUACACCCUGUAGAUAGUUGAAUUAUUUCGCUGUAAAAAACAGCAACAGAAAGGCAAUUGCUGGUUUAAUUAUUUUCACUAUGUUAUAUUGAAUUAGCUUUCGCCUUUCAAGUGUAACAUGAUAUUUGCCCGGCAAAAUUCGGAGAAAAUGAACGUAUUGCAUUGUCUGUUUCCAGGAAAGAAGAAUACCAAGAAAUGCAGACAAUGUUUAAAAGGCAUACGAGUUUCAGUUUAAUUUGUAUCAGUGGAAGUGUAGUUCAUAAAGGUUCAGAAACUCAUUCGACUUCGAUGAUCCUGAUGCAUUUUCAAAUUAUUUACGAUUUAAUUGUCAUCGUUAGUUGCACAAACCCUGUUGCUCUUUCGUUGCGACGAUUUAAAGACGGUUAGUAUUUACUUGUUUUAUCUUUGCUUAGCCACAGGAACAAAUGUCGACAUACAUCUAAUACAUAUAGAACGGUUAUAAACAGGCGAAGAGAAGAUCUCGAAUCCUUGAGGCUUGACCGUAACAAUCGACUACAAGACUAUGGCGUCGUAUCAGUACUGAUUCAUCAAGUCUUACACUUGAUGUUACUAUGUUAGGUAUUGUAAAUCUCGUCAGCCUGAAUAAAUACAAGAGUCCGAUUUCUAUUAUAAUUCGAGUGAGAAGACUUUGUCAAAGAUUCAGUAGAGAAAACAUGAUCACUUUAGACGAGGGCUUCUCGCCGGAAACGUACUGUAAUCGUAGUUGCAUGAACCCGCCGAAAUGGACGACGGGUCUUCCUCAAGCAACAGCAACAGUUUUUAAUUUCAAAACCGUGACCGGCUGACAACCGGUGGAAAUCUACUUCGCUGUACUUGUUUAACAUGUUUGUCUGUGAGUUGCAUAAGCGACUAAAGCGAGGAAUGACGCGGUCUUGAACAAUCAUCUAGUGUUGUAAGUAUAUAAAAAUGGCGGGUUAUAUAUAGGUGACUUUCAGGAAAUUGCACGAGGCUUUAAUGCAAAGACAGCUGGAUAUUUCAAAAGAGAUUCCGUGCGGUUUGAUACAAUUUCAAUGAGUGCUUUUGUUCAUUCUUUUGUGUUGCCCUCCAUAGCACGACGAAAGCUACCCUGUCUACUCAUUGCGCUAUAAUCCCUAUAUAAACUGAGUCAUUAGACUCAAGAGAAUAUCUGAUUUUCCAAGAGCCAAGGUAAGAAUCGGUAUAAUUGACGGUUUACCCACACUGAUCCAGAAGGAGUGAUAUUUGAGAAACAUCCAGCACCAAGUAGUGCUUCAAUCUUGUCAUCAUUCUACGUUAUUGACAAUAAUCGUAUUCAGUCUGGUGACAAGCUGAGUGGCGUGAUCGUGCAUGAAUUGCAUGAUGUUUAGGGUUAGCAUGUUUCAAUCAAAACAGCGCCCAAUAUUUGCCAUGAUAACUAUUGCUAACCAAUGUUCAAACAAUCUAUCUACUUUAUAGUUGUACACUCUCAAUAGUGCUUGUCCGAUUCACGAUCGUUCGAGAACACCAAAAUAUUGUGUACAAUUUGUACAGUAUUAACUAUAUUUGUACAGUUCUUACUUUAUAUAUAAUUUUAUUCAGAAUUACACCCCCAAAGGGUGGUAUUUAUUACUAACAUUGCACCAUUACACUCCCAAAGGAUGGUAUUUAUUACUAACAUUGCACCAUUACAUAUAUAGGUGGCGCAGAGAAACUUCUGAAUGAAAAAAAGCGAACAGUGACUGUUGUCCCCGGACAAGAAGCAAAAUUAAAGUGGGUGUUUCAAACCAGCAAUAAAAUUAUUUUUCAUGGAAUAGUGUGGACGAUCAAAGAUCGUGUGUUUAAAAAUUCCACCAAAUUGCUGUGGAUGGACAGAGUUGAGAGGUUGUAUCGACAUUUGCACACUAAAAAUCGCCCUGAUUAUGACGUGAAACUCAAGUCUGAGACAAUCAAUAAUACAGAUGUACAACUGACUAUUGUCAUACCAAAUGUUCAGCGCAUACAUGAAAAUAAAUAUAUCUGUCAUGUUAUGGGAUUCAAAAUUGGACCAUUUGAGAUUGAACUGAAAGUCAAAGGUGAGAAAAAAAUAAUUUUAUAGGCCACGAUUAUUAAAAUUUCUGCAAAAAUUCGAGUAUCCUAUUUCAUUUCACAAUAGAUAUUCCAUGAAUAAAAAUGACAGAUGUUAUUUGAAACCCUGCGGGUAAUUGUAGAUUACAUUUUUACGCAUUACUAGAAUUAAAUUUGGAUGAAGGAGAUAUUUAUGCCUCGUGUACUUAUUCUACGGCUGAACCUUAUAUUCAGUUUCUCAACUUUACUCCAAUUGUUGCGAAUUUCGUUAAACAUUUUCUGUAUCAGACAUAUAACAUUGUGUGAGCUCUUAGAUGAACUUAUUAGCUCUUUGAAGUGUUGGUACAAACCGUAACAUAUAAAAACAUAAGAAUUUAGAUAUUUGAAAAUGGUACAAGUGUACAACUGCACUCAACAAUAAUCAAUUGCAGUGACUUGUGUAUAAUCAGCAAUAUUUUGAAACCGGCAUUAGGUUUGGAAACUUGUAAAGUUUAAUUCCUGGUAAACACUCAAAGCGAUUGCGAUUCAUUCUUCCGUCGACUCUAAGAAAAAAGGAGUUUCCCACAAGCCUUAUCUCUUCCCGGAAAUUUCUCCAUGCAGAUAUGUUUUUAACACUGUGCUCUAUAUAUAACUCUGAUGUCAAAGUUGGAGAACCUUGUUUGUCCUAAAGUUACCGGAAACAGAUCUGUUGACUGAGGCUAAUAAUUACCCUUUCACUUCGCUUUCACCCUACAGUUUCUGCCUCGUCAAUAUCCUGCGCAUGAUAAUAGAGUUACUACGAAUUUUUCCUUGCGGAAGGUUGCCAAGCUAUUACGGAACAGACAUACUAUAUAAUGAGGAAUCUCUUGAUUUUAAGUGCCAAUAUACGACAACUUGAAAUAAUUCAACAACUACGUAAUUGGUGUAUUUGUGCGUUUUUGUUCCGUGUUUGAUAAUUCAUACAAAUCACUCUUACGGUAUUUUAAUACUAAAUAAGGAAUUAAAAGGCUAGUAAUUUGAUCCAAAAGGCACUAAUUCAUUGUAAAGUUGUCUGUUCCCAAACAUGAGUCUGGAAAUGUGGUUGUUUCUAGUUGUGCAACUAAGACCCCAGUGACACGAUACCGGAUUCGAUUUUACGACAUCAACAUAUGCCAUUCAGGAGUUAUGUCUGCCCACAAAAUUUUCCCCUUUAACAGUUUUCGUUUCAGUUAGUCAUGUAUCGAAUGUUAGUCAUAUUCCUCAAGCCGUUAAAUUCGAUAUCCAGUAUCGUGUAACUGGGGCCUAAAUCAAAACAUCUUGUUUUACUAGAAUUACAAAACAUUACGUUAUCAAAUGGUAAUAGAACGACCGUAUCAGAAAAUCCCACCAACUCGGCCACUGAAAUGACAAAACCCAUCGGCAUCCUUGUACGAAAUGGAAGUUCAGAAAUCCUUAUAGGAUUUCAUAGUAAUCCGGUUCCAACUGUCCAAGGUAAUUAACGUAUUUAUAUAUAGAAGGAGGGGGACAUUGGGAUUUACGGUAUGGCGGUAUUACCUUAUUUUUCUUACGGUAUUUUCCUUGAAAAAUUGCGGUAUUACGACUAUAUUGGAAAUCUUGCGUACAUGGUAUUUGCAAUUUUGGACUCAAAAACUACGGUAAUUGACAAAAUUUGCUUGCUUCACGGUAUUGAAUACACCCCAAUGCCCCAUUGUAGAAGCGGGAUGUUGGAUACUGACUACUGUGUUUUAAAGUAGUUUGAACAUGGAUAUUUGUGGCAGGAAUAUGAAUAUUUGGGUAGGAAUAUGAAUACUCAGAAUAUAGAAAUAUUUGAAACAAAAUUGGAAUAAAUAUUUGUCGGUCAUCCGCUUCCCCCUCCUUGCCAGGUAUUCUAAGAAUAUUUUAGCAGCAAUACCGUGUAUUACAGAAGUAAAGUUCUUCCGCUUUCACCCCCGAGUACCCCUUACUCGAGUACUCCUUACUCCUAUUCUCAGGGGGUGGUGAAGCAACAAUUCAGGGAUAAGCUCCAGAAUGUAACUGACAAGGCAAGUGCCGGAGAACUUCCUGUGGUAUCGGACGACAUGAUGGUAGAAGUGAUCAGAGUGAACGAUAGGCUGAUGGCAGCAGACUAGUACCACUGAAGAACGUGAUGAUGUUUGUGGUAGCAGCAUAUGAACGCACACAUAGGGUCAGACAGGAAAGAAUAUUUUAUUUGUAGCAGACUAGUACCACUGAAGAACGUGAUGAUGUUUGUGAUAGCAGCAUAUGAACGCACACAUAGGGUCAGACAGGAAAGAAUAUUUUAUUUGUAGCAGACUAGUACCACUGAAGAACGUGAUGAUGUUUGUGGUAGCAGCAUAUGAACGCACACAUAGGGUCAGACAGGAAAGAAUAUUUUAUUUGUAGCAGACUAGUACCACUGAAGAACGUGAUGAUGUUUGUGAUAGCAGCAUAUGAACGCACACAUAGGGUCAGACAGGAAAGAAUAUUUUAUUUGUAGCAGACUAGUACCACUGAAGAACGUGAUGAUGUUUGUGGUAGCAGCAUAUGAACGCACACAUAGGGUCAGACAGGAAAGAAUAUUUUAUUUGUAGCAGACUAGUACCACUGAAGAACGUGAUGAUGUUUGUGGUAGCAGCAUAUGAACGCACACAUAGGGUCAGACAGGAAAGAAUAUUUUAAUUGUAGCAGACUAGUACCACUGAAGAACGUGAUGAUGUUUGUGGUAGCAGCAUAUGAACGCACACAUAGGGUCAGACAGGAAAGAAUAUUUUAUUUGUAGCAGACUAGUACCACUGAAGAACGUGAUGAUGUUUGUGGUAGCAGCAUAUGAACGCACACAUAGGGUCAGACAGGAAAGGCUUAGAAGAAUACAUCUGACAAUAUGGCAGAGACACCUGCUGAAGGGCAAAACCGAGAUGUGUUGUCUGAAUGGUUGGAUGAUUGCAAACACUUGGUCUGAAAAGAGAAACAGCUACCUGUACACCUACUACAGUGGUGCAAAUAAGAUGCAGCUAGCCAUGAUUGUAGUAGGAAUAAGUCAGUGGGGGUAUGUGCUGGACACAAAAGUGAUACCAAGUGAGACAGUGGCACCGCAGCACAAAAAAAUGAUGGCAACACUGAGACUAGGAAGAUUUCGACAAGAAGUGCUAGAACAACAACCGAGAGCAGAGAAUGUAGGGAGGUCAGAGUGAAAGGCAUGAGUCCCUUCGGUGAACAGCGGAACGAAUCUGUGGAAGAAUUGGAACUGCAACCGUCAAGUGAGGCAUGUCGUAGAUACAAAAUAGCAAAGACAAAGGCGAAAUGGGCAGUCGAACAAGCCAAAGAAAGGGCGGAAGAUGAUCUACAGUACACCACAAACUGAACAAUGAGCAACCGGUUGCCUGAAAGUAGAGAUAUUUAAGAUAACAACAUAGCAUUGCCCUUCAUUAACAACAGCGAUGGGCAUAGGCGUACGGGAGGGUGGGGCUGCAGCCCCCCCCAAAAUUUUUGAGAAUUUAUCUAUUCGGGCAAAAAUUGUCUUGUCAUUCGGGCAACGACGGUCUGGUGAGUAGACGAAUAUAUUGAUUCAUAAAGCGGAACAGAAGUAUUAUUUCAACAAGUUCAACUUUUACGUAAGGUUCAAUCAUGCAAUGGAAAUCUGUAAUGGCAUUAAUACCAUAGAUCGCAUGCAUCAGGUUAACCUUUAUUAAUUUAAAGGUCAAGUGCUCUAACUUAACCGGAUUUGGUUUUGAUUUUUACGUUACGCACAUACCACAGACGUAAAUCCCCAACCAUACCUAAUUUUAAGAAUUUUUUAUCACUGCACAGUUUUGUGCAAAGUUUAGUCGAGCAGAAGCACGCCCUGAAAAUUUCUGAACACACCCCCUUAUAAUAAUGUGUAACAACAAAGCAGGCUACUACUACAAAACGAACAUACACUGCACAGCACUCAGGGAAAUUUGGGGGCCCAGGACAAACUUUGACUUGGGGGCUCUCGUGAUUCCAUGUUCUAACACUAUGAUUCCCUGGUCCGGUGGCAUCACCCGGAAAAAUUUUGAAUCUGAGGUCCCAGAAAUGGCCAAAUCCUGCAUUCUGGAAGUCUAGUUGACAGUUAGUUAUAUCUAUGUACAUUUAACUGCAAUUCUUUAUUAGGGCAAUAGCCCCCGCCCCCCCCCCCUUUAACUGGGGUCCCAGGGCAAAUUGCACCCCUCUGGGCGGCCUUGACAGCACUUGCAGUUACGACUAUCUGUGACAGCUUAGUUUCAUAAUAACAUGACUGAAGAAAAUAAAUAUUUUCGUCUUGGCAAAUGAAGGCGGCUCACGGGCUUAGGCGUGACAAACCUCUAGAGGAGUUCCAGGGGCAUGCACCCACAGACAAUUUUGUAAUCUAGGCACUAUAAAAGGGUAUCUCCUGCAAUGUGCGGAGACAUUCUAUAGAAUUCUGAAAAUUAUACAGUAAUUACAAAAUCUUAUAAGUAUCAUUCACUCCUUCUUCCAAACUCAUAAAGAGAUCUUUGGUGAGAGACUUUGUUCAUCUGAUGAACCAUAAGUAUGUUAUUAAUGCGGACGUUCGAUAAUUUGGCAGUCAUCAUUUCAAUUUAAAUUAAAUCGGCAUUCUCAUUCAAAAUGUAUCGCCGGACUAGUUCAGUUUUUCUGCUCAUUGUCUCAUUUUCUUGUGUUAACAACUUAUCAAAGCAAAUUUUAUCACUGCACAUUUUACAUUUUAUCACUGCACAUUUUACUUUUAUCUGCACAAAUUGGUUAUCACUGCACACUAAAAUUAGGUAUGUCCCCAACAACGAAGGAACAAUUGGUAUGGCUACUAAAAAAAUCGGCUACUGUAUUCAUGCCUAUAUUCAUCAGUUUACCUAGCAUAAUGUAUAGGCUAUACAACUAUUAAACUAUAUAACUAUAUAGUAUAUAGCUACACAUUUUUGCGAAGGUGUGGUAUCGUAAGUGUGCGUAUACUAACAAUCGGAUCAGUAAUGUUUAUCUCCUUUGAUAGCAUUGGUUGCGUAAAUACAGUCUCUGGUCUUGGGCGGCACCGCGGCUAUGACACAGCAGUCACUGAAAAUAGAUACUACAUUAUAAUUGACAUUGAUGUAACCGUACAAAUACUGUACAAUGACAUAAUGUGACUAAUUUUAGAAUUUUAGAUAGACAUAAAAGUGCGCGUUUUUUUUUACAAUCAUUACGUAUGGCAUCUCGUAAAAGACAGUACCGACAUCGCGUUCGGUGCGAGGAAUGCAAUAAGGAAAUCGACAGUGAUUAUAAAGAGGUGCAUUCUCGAUUGGUUCACAAUAGUAAAAAAGUAAAAUGUUAUCCAGUGAUGGAAUCAUCGGAUUCAUCCCAGUCGAAAAUCAGUACAUUCUUGGUAAAAAGUAACAUGACAACCAAGGACGAUGACAACCUUAGCUUAUAAAUGAAAUGGCUGGGGACGACAUAUUUCUUUUUAUAUCACGUUCGUCAAUCUUCAAAUAAAAGCCUUUCAUUUGUAGUCUUCUUAGAUUAUAUAAUUUUAUGAUGACGUCACGAAAUCUAUGACGUCAUGUCAUUCGGGCAAAUUCAGCCCAGCCCCCCCCAAAAAAAAUGUGCCCGUACGCCUAUGACGAUGGGGCAUUACAGGUAGAGGGGGAAGCAGUAAUGGAGAUGUGCAGAUAGUACUUUGACACCUUACUUAACGAGAAAAAAGGUUUACAGUAAACCUACCGACAACACCACCAGUAGGCCAACCCACAACCAGGAACCUUUAUAGCGGAAAUAAAGCUUGCAAUAAGUAAGAUGAAACGAGGAAAAUCAGCAGUACAUAGAGAUGAUACUAGCUAAGAUGAUACUAGUGUUGGGAAAAAAGGGAUCGUAUGGCUACAUUUCUGUAAAGAAUAGCGAAUACUUUGCGACUGGUUAGAACUCAUCUUGGUAGCGAUAUUCAAGAAUAACGGGAAAAUACAAGCGUGUGGGAACUACAGAGGGAUCAACUUCUAUUGCAGAUGAUGAAAUGACUUGAGAGAAUACUAAUAUUGGGGAGCCGUACCUGGAAGAAAAACAGUUUGGAUUCGGAAAGGGGAUUUAUGGUCAUUGUGAGAAAGAUGGUGGAGAGAAAAGUCAAACAAUUAAGAAAACGGUUGCGGUUCCCUCGACUUAGAGAACGUGCAUGCCAAAAUUAAUAGAGAAAUUAUCCCACCAGUACUAUGACAGUAUCACGUCCCGAAAGAAAUGAGAACAAUGGUGAUGGUUCUGUACAGAACACCAAGCACGCAAGUGAGAACAUGCUAAAAUCAAGGCAUUUGAGGUUAAAGUGGGCUUACAUCAGGGCGCAGCUUCGAGUCUACUGUCUUCUGUUGUAAGUGAGUGUUGUUCAUAAUAUUCGUGAACCACAACAGUAAACAGUGCCCAAUAGAGCGAGGACAGAAGAUCUUCUAUGCUGUUGAAAUCGUGUUGGGUACGAACACAGCAGAAUUACAAAAAAGAACAAUAGAGAAGUAGAACAACCAACUGGCAGUGCAUGGUUUGCAGAUGGGCAAGGUAAAAACGGAAGUAAUGAAAUUUUCUGGAGGAAAGCAGACGAUACAAACUACAGUGGCUGGUCAGCAAUUGAGGCAAACAACAGGCUUCAGAUACCUUGGAAGUUGGCUACAGUACAAGAGAAGGGAGAUCUGGGUAGAGACUGCAGGGAACACAUGGAGGAAUAUUAGUGGAAUAAUAUUUGACAAAAGAAUGCCAAUGAGUCUGAAAACGCGGGUGUAUAAAAAAUGAUGGUAAUACCGGUGAUCCAAUACGGCGCAAAGGAAGAACAAAUGAAGAAAUUGGAAGUUGUGGAGAGGAGAUAUCUACGAGCUAUUCGGGGACAAACACGAUGAGAGAGAAUGAGAAAUGAAGACAUAAGGAAGGAAUUGAAGGUGGCGGAACUGAGAGAGAAGGUAAAGAUGGUAUGGCCACGUGCAACCUCGCAAGCCAGGCUCUCUACUUCCGCUUCCCUCCCAAGUGCGGGAUGAUGGUACAGUGGUGAAUUUGGAUAUAGUUGACGACAGAAUAGAGUGGAGAAAUGUGUCAACCCGAACCCCCCAAACAGAAUGAUGAUUUACUACUAUGAUUUACUAACUUGUCACUCCUGCAAUUCACACAUACGGAUUAGCUCUUCUGAAGAUAUUAUCACAUGUUUAUUUUUAUCAUAUUAGUACACUGUAUACGUAUUGUCCACAUAAGCCCCGUUGACAAUAUUUUAUUGCUGUAGAAAGUUGAACUAGAUUUAAUAUUAAAGAAUUGUAAUUUAUUAAAAUUCUUCGCUUCUAGUAACCCCUCCUUUUGACCCCACAGCAAGAAUCCUUGCGUCAGAGUUCUGUAAGUUAUUCAAUAUUAUAAUUAUUCAAUAUAAUACACACAUGAAUCUUGUAGGAAAGCUUGGGACAUCCUGUAUAUUAUUAAUCAUAAAUUUAUAUUAUCGUAUUUAGCAUCUUCGUCUGGUUUAAACCUCAAUCUACUUAGUAUUAUCCUCAUCACCUUCUCAGCUGUGCUCAUCAUUGUUGUUUUAAUGGGAAUACUGAUCUAUAAGCGACGACGCAAACGUAUGUUUGUUUUGUAUUUCCAUUUGAUUUGCAUAUAAUAAAAAUUCAUUAUAACAUAUGUUAGCUAUAUAAAAACGUUUUUGAUUGGCUGAAAUGCGUGCUCAAUAUAAGAUUGAGCCGGGCAAAUAUUUUGCUAACACUUUUUUCGCACUUUCCCAACUUCCCGCAUGCUCAAUAACUCGAUCUCAAGCACACCAAAUCUUGAAAAAUUCUUAAUUUUGAAAUAUAAUUUAAUUCUUUUUUGUGUUUUAGGUAGGCAAAGCGGAAGGUACACGAGGCUUAUUUUUUAAUUAACAAAGUCUUCACAGUUAUUUGAAACCUAGAUUGCUGCAGGCACAGCUGUAAUCGAUGCCUAUUUCAAAAUAAUGCGGCGUGUUUUUAUAUUUUCAAGGAAUGCUAGGUCUUCUGUUGGAAGCACAGAUAUGCAAGUGAGUUUACGUUUCUUCAUCAACAAAUAAUUGUUUUGUUCCUGCAUGUUUUUAACACGCUAAUUAUCGUGGAAAAUACAGUUCUUCUUCUUGCCAUGUAAAAGUUGUUAAAUACCUGAAUGACUAUCUAUAAUUAUGUCAGUUCAAUAUUUUGGAAAGGAAAACAAUUUAGAAACAACCUAAAAAGCAGAUGUAAUAACCAUAUCAUUCUAUUCAUUUUAUUAAAAACAUAGUUAAACAGGAUUAACCUCUUCAGUUAAAAUAACUGCGAUCAAGAAAAGUACAUAUAAUAAAAUAUAAAGAAAGUUGUUAUUUGUCCGGUCACAGAAACCAUGGAUAAUAAAAUAAAUGGAUAGGAAACUAGCUGACGUGACCUAAUGUUUUCAAUGGGCUGAUGGCGUGAUUGGAGUUGAAACCUAGUUGCAAAACAAAUUCUCAAAAACGGCAUGUUUAGCAAUAAUACAGCUAAAUAUUUUAGUCAAAGAGCAAAGCACUAAACAGUGAAAAAGGCAUCCCAAAUUUCGUUAAAAUUGGGGACGCCAAUUUCGUAGCUAUAAAUGUAAAAAAAUACAAAACAAAGACGAAAAACAUUUACCUUGAAUACUUUAUCGUGGCUUAGGCAUGCUUUUAAAACAAUUAGACCAGUAUAUGCUUCAGUAUUACUCUUUUAAAGCGGAAAGUAUAGCGAAACAACAAAAAUGCCGAGAACUUUGCAAUACGCGUGACGUCACAGAUUGCAACUAGGUUGUUUUUGCUUACGUCAGCUAGAGUCCUAUCCAUUUAUUUUAUUAUCCAUGCAGAAACUAACGAGCUUUGGCUAUUUGUCCGUGAAUUAAUUUGAUUGGUCCAUUUAAAUGGUCAGUGCAUGGUUGUUUCACACAAUAAAACUGGUGAUUGAAUUAUGUUUAUGAAAAGCAAAAAAGAACUAUAUGGUAGUUACAUGGUGAUAAAUUUGUUUCAAGCUUGUAAUGUUUGUAUGUUUGUCAUAGAAGCCAAUCAUAUCCCACCGCAGCGCCCACGAAAAUAGAAGAAUAAGUAUUGAAACAAACAGAUCAAGUAGAAGUGAUGAGAACCAGUUUUCGUUUGAGUCAACAAGAACAGGAUUUUCAUAUGAAGACAGUGUUGGCAGUUUUCACGGAACAAUGCCAGUGUGUUCGGUACACUUCACUCAUAUUCCACAACCAGAAAAUAUAGACAAUACGCAAAAUGAAUUUGUUGGGAAUUACGGAUUAUUAAGUUCUUACGAAAUUGAUCGCUGCUUACUUCACGAUAUGGUGACAAUUGGCGAAGGUGCAUUUGGAGUUGUUGCAAGAGCGACGUUACUGAAAGAAAGAAAUAGCACGGAGAAACAAACUGUGGCUGUGAAAAUGUUGAAAGGUUUAUCAGUUUUUUGAAAAUAAGUUUUGAAAGUUUAUUUUCUCUUUCACCGUCGAAAUAUUUCAACUGACAACGUUUAUUCCAAGCAUAGAUUCUCAUUCUUAAAUUUCAUGUCAUGGCAUUUUCUACUCCAAAAAUGUUUCUGAAUUCGUCGUUUGUAAGAUGGCCACACGAUCGUAGUAUAUUUAUUUCUUGCGCCCGUCCGAACAUUGUCAUUUUCCUAUCGUUGACACAGAGUAUAUUUUGUCAACAAUAUAAAUGGUAAAAAUCUUUCCCUAUAACUAGAAUACUUUUCUGUAUAGUAUUCGCAUCUCCAGAAGACAGAGAGGAUCUGAUGUCAGAGUUAGACAUAAUGAGCCGUGUUGAAUCACAUAGGAAUGUUGUAGGUUUGAUUGGAUGCGUCACAAGAUCAGGUAAAUAUUUCUCUUCUCAUAAGAUUUGACAUCAAAGUUAAUAGGAUUUGUCACAAACUUAUGAAAAGAUUUUUAUUUCUUUUUUUUAAAUAAUAAUAAUAAUAAUAAUAAUAUAUAAUAAUAUAUAUAUAUAAUAAUAUAUAUAUAUAUAUAUAUAUAUAUAUAUAUAUAUAUAUAUAUAUAUAUUAUUAAAGUUCUCCGGAUUGAAAUAUACUUUUAUUAAAAAAAAUAAAUAAAAGUAUAUUUCAAUCCGGAGAAAUUUAAUUAAAUAUAAUAUGCCUGGAUUAGCUACAAAUCUUUAAACAUACUACUAUACGUUUUGUUCCAUUGCACUCUUUGUGUUUUCGAUAAAUCGCAUCCGUCAAAAUCUUCUCGUACGGUGAUCACAGUUUAUUUUAACCCGAUAUUCGAAACUCAGUAAAUGGGAUUUAAUGCAAAUACGACUCGUCAAAAUGGCGAAAGCUUACAGUAAACCUUUUAAUAUUAGUCUAUUUUGGUAUUAUAUAAAACAAAUAAUGAAUGUUUUUAUUCGUGCAAUGGUAAGAAUAUUUUCAUUCGGUGAAAGAUGGAAUGUUCCAUUCAACUCGGCUGUCGACUCGUUGAAUGGAACAUUCCAUCUUUCACCUCAUGAAAAUAUUCUUACCAUUGCACUCAUAAACAUUCAUUAUUUGUAUAAUUUAUUAUUUGUAUAUAUAUAUAUAUAUAUAUAUAUAUAUAUAUAUAUAUAUAUAUAUAUAUAUAUAUAUAUAUAUAUAUAUAUAUAUAUAUAUAUAUUAAUGAGACCAAAAAUGAUAAAAUUUUACAGUGUAGAAAGAGUGCUCAAUACCAUUUAAUGACGUAGAGCAAAUAAUUAAUUUGUUAACUUAAAAUAUAGUCACAACUCUGAGUUUCACGCUCAAUGCAUGCGAUCUUCAGGCGACAAUGUUUAAAUCUCGAUUAAAAAUUCCUGUAUGGAUACGUGCGAGUUCGUUAGGCUACUUGCGGGAUUGUACUGCGUGCGCACGUUCAAAUCUUCCCGCCAAGAAUUGCUUCCGGUGGCGACACUUUGAGAAUAGCUCACAUCUCCUGUUCAACAAUCUUUUCUUGUCACCUUUUAAAAUUUCUAGUUUCUCUUGGAGGCAUAAGUUGCAACUUUUUGCGCCGCUGCGACAAGGUGAUGCUUGCUUCAGAAUGGACCACUUGAUGUUGAAUGUACGUUUCUUGUUUUUCAAGUUCCAAAUGUGUUUGGACAGCUCAGUGGAUUAACAUAGCUGGUAUCUUUGAAUGAGGUCUUGUGGUUGUAAAAACGUUUCUUAAACGUGUUUGAUGUCAUCCCAAUAUAAUCUCGAAUUAUACUCCUGUGUCGUCCGUAACCUCGGCUUUAUAGACAACGCUCUUUGUAAGGCAAUUAUUGUUUAAGGGACAUUCAGUGCUUUCUAUGCAGUUUCUUGUAAUCCAGGCGUGGCUUUGAUCGUGUACGGACGCGUCUUUGAGAGCUCCGUAUAGCUCUGAUAUAGCUUGUAGAUAUAGCUCUGUAAAGCGCCUACAAAGGCAGCCAUAUAUUAAUUGAACCUUAGUACACAUCUCGUUCCUGUAUCAAGAGAUUCUUAGCUCGUUUGAAUGUUGAAAUCAUGUUCUCAAGUAGAAGACUUCACACCGCCAUAUUCAAUCCGACGGCAAUGACAUUUUAUAAUUUGGUUUACCGGGCAACAAAUUAUUAGAGAGGUUAAGAUAGCCCGGUUCCGGUUUACGGGUACGGGUGAUAUACACGUACCCGUACCCGUAAACCGGGGAACGACUUGUAACUUAAGAAAUCCAAGAUAUUUCGGCGUGAGUAAACUAUCAGAGAAUGGCAACUUUUGCUGUUAAGGUUCGCCAUAGAUUGUUGAAAACACUGACAAGCAUAAGUGCAUUAUUUAUUUGGGUAAGAUGUUGAAAAUUUUUACUAUUUAAACGGCCCACAAAUAGUAAACAGAAAACACCCGUACCCGUUUCUCUUUUACGUGUAGACCAUGGUUUACCGCGGGGAAACGGGUAGAAAUUACGGGUAAAAAUGCUGACAUCAGCAAACAUUAGUAAACAAAAUGGCGAUACUCGUACCCGUAAAACGGAACCGGGGUAUCUUAACCUCUCUAAUAUAUCAAAAACAGCAAACCAGAAUGUAUCUUUGAAAGAACCCUUCAGCCGUAUAGAAGAUGUCGUGCCGGAAAGCAAGUUCGAGAAAGACGUCAAUGCAACAAUCAAUCGCUGUUAUAACCCGCCCUCGACAGACGAUGUUGUUUACUUCAAACGCAGUCCGAAAUGUUAUGUCUCGUGGGGCCAGAUCAUUGGUUACUAUCAACCCACUUAG